CACUGGAAACGGCUACGAACUGGAUGAGCGAACGAAAAAAUACAGCCAAUCACAGCAGUGUAUUUCGGAGUAUUGCCCCAUCGCGCCACUGCACGGCCGUAUCAGGCGUGUUUUCCCUGAGCAAAGUACAAAGAUUCCAGACGUCGGGAGCGUACGCUUACUUAUCAAAAACUGCUCCAUAAUGACCACGAAAGAAAGAAAAAAGCUUAGGCAAUAUACUACCGAUGAAGUUAARCAGCAUUCUUCAAAAGAUGACUGUUGGGUGAUUAUAAGUGGCGGAGUAUACAACCUUUCAAAAUGGAUUCAGUUUCAUCCUGGUGGCGAGCUACCAAUUCGCUAUAUGGCUGGCCAUGAUUGUACUGAUGUCUUUAAAGCUUUCCAUCCAGCUUGGGUAACAGAGAAAAARCWKCCUGCAUUCAAGAUUGGCGAAGUGAAAGGAGAARGAGAUGAAGUCAAGAAGACAAAACURAGCGAGGACUUUGAAAAGAUGAGGCAAAAAGUGGUUGAUGAUGGCGGCCUCGAAACGAACUACUGGUUCUAUGCAAGGCUUGCUGCAGCAUUAUCACUAGUGUUAUGUGCCAUUAUCUACUGUGUGGUUUACUCCCAAAGUGUCCCUAUUCAAAUCUUUGGGGGUGUCUUGGUUGCUGUAUUCUGGCAACAAAUGGCAUUUAUUGGCCACGAUGCAAGCCAUCACGCAAUAACACACAAUGGCACUUGGGAUGAUCGCAUUGGACUUGUAGUUGGUAACUUGCUUACUGGAGUUAGCAUAGGCUGGUGGCAGAAAAUCCACAAUGCACAUCAUAUUGUUACAAACUCUAUUGAAUUUGACCCAGACAUUCAGUUUUUACCAUUCUUGGUCAUAUCAGAGAAGUACUUCAAGUCCAUUUAUUCUUUUUAUCAUCAAAGAGUAAUGCAGUAUGACAAAUUGGCCAAGUUUCUUGUCACAUACCAGCAUCACCUGUAUUUCCUCGUCAUGGGACUAGCACGGUUUAACCUUUACUUACAAAGCUUUCUUUUCGCCCUGUCUAAAGAAAAAGUCAAGAUGAGAUUCCUGGAACUCCUCACCAUGUUUUUGUUCUUGGCAUGGUAUCUGUACCUAUGCAGCUAUUUACCAACCUGGACAACUCGUCUGGUGUUUGUUUUCCUGGCCCAUUUCCUUGCAGGCAUCAUUCACAUCCAGAUUACCCUGAGUCAUUUUUCAAUGGAAACACACAGUGGAAUUCCACAGGAGUCAUUUAAGAAUGACAAGUUCUUGCUGUCACAGAUGGACACCACAAUGGACAUUGAAUGUAACCCUUGGAUGGACUUUUUUCAUGGUGGUCUGCAGUUCCAGUUUGAGCACCACAUGUUCCCAAGAGUUGCCAGACAUAACCUUCGAGGGAUCCACAAUGAAAUGAAAGCUCUUUGUAAGAAACAUGGUCUACCUUUCAGGUCAAAGAGCUUCAUCGAAGCCAACAUGGAAGUCAUUGGUAAACUCAAGGAAACUUCCAUCAAGUCUGAAUCCUUUUCACAUAUGUUAUGGGAAGGUAUAAAUGCAAUAGGAUAAACGGUUUCAUUAUUCAUUUUUGACAAUAUAUAUUUCUUUCAAAACAGAGGUGUAGUGGGAGUGCAAUUCCUCUCCCAGUUAUAGAAAUAUAUUAACUGGUACCAUUUUCCGUUUUGUUUGUGUYAAGUACAAAUAAAUUGACAGUUCUUAUAAAAAGCAGUUGAGUAAUGUUGUAGACCUCUAACUGAUACUGUUAAUACAAGAUAUGUUUUUUUUUUCUUAUCUGUCAAGCUAUAUCAUAUAUGGUGUUAUUAUUCUCUAGAGGUUAUUUAACAAAUAGAUCUCAUUUUUCCRUGCKUGUGUACUCUAAUAGAUACACAGAUGACSUCAAAAUGUAGUGAGAA